AUGCUAACACCCGAUAACCAAGCUCCACAAAACCAGACUUUUCAGAACCAGCCUCCACCGGUAAACUAUAAGGCGCCCCAAAGGAAACCUAUGAGAGCAUUCACCCCUCUGUCGGAAUCGAGGACAAGUCUAUUUGCCAAGCUAAGGGAUGCUGGGCGAGUAAAUGUCGUCCCACCUAAACCUGCUAACCCUACUGAUCAAUGGUACAGGCCAGAUCUCACUUGCGCCUAUCAUUCUAACCAAGCUGGCCAUCCCACUGAAUAUUGCAUAAACCUGAGACACAAAUUACAGGACAUGAUUAAAAAUCGUGAGCUCAUCUUAGAGCCAACACCUUCAAAUGUGGACACAAAUCUUCUCCCAAAGCAUGGAGGGAACCAAAUUCACAUAAUAGAGAGAGGUGAUGAGUGGGAAGAAAGCCCAACUAUAAUUCGUCCAAAUGUUGAAGGAUUAGAGAGCACUGUCGCCUCAUUGUCACUACAAGAGCGAGAAGAAGUGGUAGACCCUCUGACAAAGGGAUCUGAGAUAUCUGCCAUAGCCAAAAGAGAACCUUUCAUGCUCAAGUACUCCUCAACGGUUUCUCGAGUUCACAACGAACCGUUCGUACUCAGAACAUCAGCAUCAAUUGAGAAUAAACCCUUUCUGAUCAAACCACCGCACCAAAUGAUGAUCAACAAAGAUAAAGAAAUAGCUAAUGUGGUUCAGGGUAUGACCAGGUCAGGAAGGUGUUAUGCCCCAGAAGAACCUGUGCCCGAAGUGCCUCGUCGCGAAAACCCUCAGAAGAAGCCGAUAGCUGAAGGUGAAGCUGGAAAUUUCUUGAGGCAAAUGCCGGUCAUGGAUUAUUUGAUUGUUGAGCACCUGCAUAAAAAUCCUACUAGGAUAUCAGUAAUGUCACUACUAUUCAGUUCAUCCCAACAUCGUCUAGCCUUAAUGAAAGCCUUGGAUGAAAUCCAAGUACCUAUCGGCACCACGAGCGAAACAUUUGCCGAAAUUAUGGGGUAUGUUGUGCGAGCUCAUAGGCUGUCAUUUUCUGACGAUGAAUUACCAAGAGAGGGGAAGUCCCACAAUAAAACCCUGCACAUAACAGUAAAAUACCGUGACAAAAUUAUCCCACAAGUACUGAUUGAUGGGGGAGCUGGGCUGAAUGUAUGCCCUGUGACGACUCUGAAACAGCUCGGAUAUGAUAUUGGUAAAAUCCGCCAGAGUCGGACCAACGUAAAAGCUUAUGAUGGUGCAACCAGCGACCCGAUUGGAGAAAUAGAUUUACACAUAUAG